CAGGUAUAAAACCCCUCCACUACCAUCUUCCCGUUUGUCGCUCUAGGGUUGCACUCAAGUAUAAGGGUUGCUCAUCUAACCGAAGAACCCGCCGCCACUGCAGCACUCCGCCGAGUCCAGAAGAAGCCGCCGUCAUGGGUCGUAUGCACAGCAGAGGAAAGGGUAUUUCAGCAUCAGCACUGCCAUACAAGAGGACUCCACCUAGCUGGCUCAAGAUCUCUUCUCAGGAUGUUGAAGAGAAUAUUUGUAAGUUUGCAAAGAAGGGGUUGACACCCUCACAAAUUGGUGUUAUUCUUCGUGAUUCUCAUGGGAUUGCCCAAGUGAAGAGUGUCACUGGCAGCAAAAUUUUAAGGAUUCUCAAGGCCCACGGACUUGCUCCUGAGAUACCAGAGGAUCUCUACCACCUCAUUAAGAAGGCUGUUGCCAUUCGGAAGCAUUUGGAGAGGAACAGAAAGGACAAAGAUUCCAAAUUUAGGCUCAUUCUUGUUGAAAGCAGAAUUCACAGACUUGCUCGUUACUAUAAAAAGACAAAGAAGCUUCCACCUGUCUGGAAAUACGAGUCAACCACCGCCAGUACUCUUGUGGCCUAAGGAGCAUGUUUGGUAGAGAGACUGGAUUUGUAAUUUGAGUAAUAGUUCAGGCAGAGAAACAGAGUUUCUGUUAUUAUAGGUGUCUUUGCUACUUUAGUUGUUGGCAAGGCAUUGUCUUGGCAAUUUUCUUUUGUAUGCAACUUGUUUUAUCAAAUCUUGACUUGGACAAUGUAAGAGCUUGCGAUCUACCAUUUCAUUUCUCCUAUAGCAUGUAGUUCGUUCGACA